AUGGGAAAGGAUCUCAAUCCAGCGAGUUGUGAACAGCGCGCGCUCACGAGGAUAAGUAACAGAUAUCUCAACAAGGACGAUCCUUCAAUGACCGCGUCUGCGAUCAGCACGAGAGCCAGAAAGGCUCGGGAGACCCCAGCACAGCGUGAAACCCGCCUAAGCAAGGGACGCGUACGCGCAAAGGCUCAUGCGGUCAAGAAGCAACAAGAGGAUGAUGACGCACUCGGAGCGCAAGGGAUUGAGAACGGUGGAAGCGGAGGGAAGAAGACGACCGUAGCAAUGCUUGCAAGCAGAGCAAAGCGAGCUAAGGAGACCCCAGGACAGCGUGAAGCGCGUCUGGAAAAAGGCCGCGAAUACAAGAGAGCCAAGCGAGUCAAGGAGAAGCAGCAGAAAGAGGAUGCACGCAAAGCGAAAGACAGCGAGACCAGCAAUCCCACUGACAAGGACGACGAUACCGUGUUGGACGAGAGUGCUCAGGAGAUGGAGGAGCAAGCGAAAUGCAUGCCCAAACGGGAUACGAUCUCAUCUCUGGUAAUUACUGUUAAGAGCGCAGCCGCCGUCGAGCCUGACAACCUGGCCGAUCUUGCGUUCCUCUUUGCUUCGUCGAGCUACCUCAACCGCGGGAAGACCUUGAAAGGUGGCGAGCAACUCAAUCAUCGUGAGGCAGCAAUGAGAGUCUUCUCGGACUCGGACGCUGGACGUAGAAUCAACCCUCCGCAGUCGGAGAAGAUCCAUGCAAUCUUGACAGCCAAGGCGCCUUUGAAGAUUAAGUUUCUGGUGCAUGGCCCCUUUCCUGUGCGCUGCCAAGAUGUCGGCGACGAUGGCAUCAAGAAGCUACUUGUCGCAGCACAACAAUUCGGCCAGCGAUGGGGUAGUCGCGGAAUUACGGACCCCCGUGUUGCUACUGGUGUACUGAAUUUCACCCGAGAUUAUACUGGACCGAACAGCAUCUGGCAGGCAUACGUCGACACUGGCGCCCAAAUCCGCUUCACCGAGCUGAUUCAAGGAAUUGCUGAUCGGACUGGAUUGCCGGCGUUCGUAGACGAACGUUAUGCCACAAUGAAGGGAACGUUGUCUGUCGAUGACGACUCCGAAAUUGUGCAGACCAUCAUGUGGAGGUUUGAGCUGGGUCGAAAUCACAACAUCGAUCAAUCUGGCGACGUGAAGGACUGUGGUGCGCCCGUCUGUAAGUUCCGCUUGCAUGACGGAGCGCGAGAGUAUCUCGGGGACAUGGCGGAUAUCCUGUGGCUGAAGAUGAAGUUUGGUGGAUCUGAGAAGGAGUAUGCUAUAGGACCCGAGUGA